AUCCCGGUGGUUUCAGAGCCCACCAGCAUUUCCUAAGCCCCUCUCCUCCCUGAACCAGGUUCUGUGUCUCUGACUUCUCUCCCCCGGUAGUUUUUACAUCCCUGACACAGACUUCCUGUGAGUCAUCACAGCAGACAUUAGAGAAGUAACUGGAAGAAGAGACCAAGUGUGGUGAUGGGGUAUCCGGCAAGUGACAGCUGAUGAAUUAAAACCUUCUCCCUGGCCAGUUCUGAGGGCAAUGAGAGAAAGCAGAUGAAGGGAAAUAAGAAUUACUGCCCAAAGAGGAGUCAUGAAAACUGGCAUCAGCGCCUUUGUAGGCUCAGAAGCUCCCCUGAGCCUUGGCAGGCCAAGAAAAUUGGAGGACAUGGCAAGAAAGACCCCAGAUGAUCGCUCUUCUUGUGCGUGAGCUUCCUGCCAGCUCAGCCCCGAGAAACUGGACGAUGGAGAAGCUGACGGUUAUUAAGGUGGAAGUGGAAACUCUUCUCAAGCAACCCCGGGAGAAGAUGUACACUUGCACGAUCUGCGGGGACAGCUUUAAUCACAAGGGCGUCCUAGCCACGCACCAGAAGACCCACAAGGAGGAGAUGCUGGUGGAGAACCAGGAGCAGGAGGGAAGUGCCGUCACAGCAGGAAAGCAAACAAGCCAGCAAGCCAGCAGAAGGGCAGAGGAGGCCAGCCAUGAAGGCAUGAACCAGCAGGGAGAUCUCUUGGUGCCGAAGGAAUCCUUGCAGAAAGCAAAGCCCUACUCUUGCACCGACUGUGAGAAGAGCUUCAAGAUGAAGGUGGACCUCACCAAGCACCUCAGGACCCACACAGGGGAGAGGCCUUUCCCGUGCACGGAGUGCGGGAAGAGGUUCAUCACCAAAUCGCAGCUGAAGGAGCACCAGAGGAUCCACACCGGGGAGCGACCUUACCAGUGCUCCGAGUGCGGGAAAUGCUUCACGCAGAAGUCACAGCUCAUUGUUCACCGGAGGAUCCACACUGGCGAGAAGCCCUACAAGUGCGGCAGCUGCCAGAAGAGCUUUGUGGACAAGUCGCAGCUGGUCGCCCACCACCGUAUCCACACAGGUGACCGCCCCUUCAAGUGCGGGUUGUGCGCCAGGGGGUUCCGCCAGAAGAUCACCCUCAUUAAACACCAGAGGGUCCACACCGGGGAGGGGGCGCGGCGGCAUGGCGGGCCCUAUACUGGCAACGCCUCACAGCUCAUUGUUCCCGAGUCGACGCCGGACGGGGAGAAGAUAUUCCGAUGCGGCACGUGUGGAAAAGAGUUCAAGAAGAAGUCGAUCCUGGUGACCCACCAGAGGAUCCACACCGGGGAGGAACCCUACCAUUGCGCCGAGUGCGGGAAGCGCUUCCGGCAGAAGAUCCACCUGAUCCGCCAUCAGAGGACCCACGCCAGGGGGGAGGCCCACGUCUGUGUCGAGUGCGGGGACGGCUUCAGCAGCAAGGGGCAGCUGCUGAGGCACCAGCGGUGCCAGCACCAGAGCGAGGGACCCCACACGUGUCCUGAGUGUGGGAGAAGCUUUAGCCAGAAGGUAGGCCUCAUGGCACACCAGAGAGUCCAUGAGAGGGAGAAGGGAGAUGGGAGCGUGGCCGCCACUGAGGGGAGCCCUGGUGAGGCGGCAGACGGGAGGCUGCCUGCCAAAAACGGCAAAGGCAGCAGCCAUCCGGGGGACCUGACGGCGCCUUGUAAGAGCCAGGUCUAUACCUGCACCCAGUGUGGCAAGAUGUUCACCAAGAAAGGGAACUUUGCCAACCACCAGCGGGCCCACACGGAGGAACGGGCGCACCGGUGUGGCGUUUGCGGCAAGAAGUUCACCAAGAGGGGGGAGCUGACCAAGCACGAGCGGAUCCACACAGGCGAGAGGCCGUAUGUCUGCGGCGACUGUGGCAAGCGCUUCACCCAGCGCACCCAGCUGGUCACCCACCAGCGCAUCCACACCGGCGAGAAGCCCUACCCCUGCGCCGACUGCGGCAAGCGCUUCAUCGACAAGUCCCGGCUGACGGUGCACCGGCGUAUCCACACCGGCGACCGGCCCUUCCAGUGCGCCGCCUGCGGCAAGGGCUUCCGCCAGAAGAUCGCCCUCAUUAAGCAUCACCGAGUCCACGAGAGAGGCCGUCCGGAUGGGGAGGUCUCGGGGGGGAAGGAGCAUAAAUGCCCCCAGUGCGGCAGAGGCUUUGGCACCAAGGAGAACCUGGCCAGCCACCAGCGGCUCCACACCACCGAGAGGCCCUUCAAGUGCGGCGAGUGUGGGAAGAGCUUCACGCAGAAAGCCCAGCUGGUGGUGCACCAGCGCAUCCACACCGGGGAGCGCCCCUUCCGCUGCACUGACUGCCACAAGGGCUUCAUCGACAAGUCCCGGCUCAUCGUCCACCGCCGGAUCCACACUGGCGAGCGGCCCUUCAAGUGCACGGCCUGUGGGAGGGCCUUCACCCAGAAAAUUGCCCUGACCACCCACCAGAGAGUCCACAUGAGGGAGCACGAGGCCGCCCGGGAGCCCAACAAAUACUCCGAGCGCGGGGAGAACGACGCAGGCAAGGCCGAGCCAGGUGAGGAGUGGCCCUUCCCCUGCAACGUGUGCGGCCGGGGUUUCCGCAAGGAGAUAGCCCUCAUCACCCACCAGCGGGUCCACACCAAGUACGAACCCAACAGGUGCAGCAAGUGCGGCCAGGUCUUCCCUGACAAGGCCCAGCUGCUCCUGCAUCAGCCCUCCCACGCGGAGGACCGGCCCUUUAAAUGCAACACCUGCGGAAAAGAUUUCAAGCGGAAAGAGAUCCUGAUCACCCACCAGAGAAUCCACACGGGAGAGGUGCCUUUCAAAUGCACCGAGUGCGGGAAAAGCUUCUCCCAGAAAGCCAACCUCAUGAAACACCAGCUCACCCACACCCGGAGGGGCCCCUUCAUCUGCUCUGAGUGUGGGCAGAGCUACACCACCUUGGGGCAUUUUAAAAGGCACCAGAGGAACCAUCUGAGAAAGCGGGAGGGGAAAGACUUGGCAGAGGAGCAGGAUGCAGACGGGCUGCCGGAGACGGGCGUGCACAACGGGCCCAUCAUCGUGGUCAAGACAGAAGUCAAUACAGACGACUAUGAGGUCCUGCAGGUCCCAUGACACCGCCCUCAGCAGGGAGCGGUGCGUGUGUGUAAAGGGAUCCUCCGGAGGCAAUGCAAGAGUAAGGGCCCUGGUGCUGCCAACCCCUAGCGUUCAAAGAAUCCCGGAUCGAGCUGCCCCCUCCAGUCAUGAGAUUGGCUAAAAUGUCAUGAGAUUUGAGAAAAAAUAAUACAUGUGGGGUUCUUUUUCUGAGCCGUUGGGGGUCACGUUUUCAAGGUUUUCUCUGCAACCACAUGGGCCAGAAACUUACUUUUUCCAAUGAAAUCUGUGAUUUUGGAUGUCUUCACGUGACUCCUGGAGCUGGGGCUUUAAGGAAAAGCACCAAAUAUCCCAAGAGUUGGCAACCCUGACUCUUCCGUAGAUCAGUAUCUUAGCACUCAGCAGCACCAAAUAGCAAUAUUAAGCCAGCUGACCUGGGUUGCUGGUGGUCCAUGGGAGAGCAUCAGCGAUUCACUGCAGUGUAAAACGUCCCCGGUCAUCAUUCCAUACAACAGUAAGAGAGGCAGACAUCAUCACAGGCCUCCAUGUGGAUGGACCAGUGGACCCAUGCAGAGCCCCGUUGAAGUCAAUAGGCUCCCCAUGGGAUGCAGACAUCCACUUGUAUGGAAAGGUUAGCUGGAUCAGGGCCAAUGUACCUAGAAAGAGAGCACCUACUUGAAGCAGAGAUAGGUCCAGAUCUUCAAAGGUAUUCAGGUGCCUAAUUCCCAUUGGCAUCCACAGGGAGUUAGAUGCCUAAAUACCUUUGAGGAUCUGGGCCAUAGUGUUUACUUCAAAGUCUGAUCUUUUUUGAUGAUCACGCUUUAAAAUACGCUCACAUACGGUUUUAUUUCGCUAUGCGAUCACCAGUUUUAUUGUUUCAAUACAGGACAUUCACUGCAAAAGCACCAUUCUGGUUGAGGGGUGAAACACGCAGGUUGCCUGAUUCACGGCUACGUUAUUCCAGUUUAAAUCUGCUGAUUCCAGUGGUGUAAAACUGGAGGAACGGAGCGGGAAAUCACGCCCAAGCUAGCUCAGGUUUUGCUGUCAGCUCCUCAGCUGCUGCACAUGGGCAGAGCUCAGCUGAAGUCACUGGAAGUACUCCAACUUGCAUCAGCUGAGAAGCUGGUCCGGGAUUCCCACACAAAGCAUUUCUCCUGCACUCUUGUGUCUGUAUAUUCCAGCAGUUCAGUGUCCAGGAGCCCAGAGUAUGACAUGUAGACAAGGGGAUGACAUUAGGAAGAAACUAUAACUUUGACUAUCCUCUCUGGUUUGCGUUUAAAUUCUUAACCAUAGCAUUGCCCUGGUCUGAGGCUCUUCCCCCUCUGUAGAAAAUCCAUAUGCGAGGAAAACGUGGGCCAUGAUCCUGAGAACCUGUAACUCCCAUGGCUUCCCAACAGUGUGAUCCAGGAGAACUUGUGUCCCAAGCCUGCCGGUCCAAGGGCAUUUGCAGGGCGGGGUUGUCUACCUCUUCCCCUUCACUCCUUGCUCGCUGGCUGUAAGUCUCGCUAAGGCCUUAUACGGCUAUGGGUUCCCAGCUCCCCUGGGUUAAAGCUGCUGGGAUUGCUAUGUAACAUGGCUCUCUCCUGACUCCGCCCUGCGCAACCCCAUGAAAAGCCACUGAGCCCCAGUCACAUGGAGGCUCGGGGAUGAAGAGAGCAAUGGCAGCUGUAGGGGCGGCCCAGCACUGCAGCUCCUUCCAUCCCAUCUGCCCCCGGGCAGCCAGGAGGAUGGCAGGGCUCAGCCUUGGUUUGGAAUGAACGUUGGAACCAUUUCAUCCAUACCUGCCGCCUUCUGCUCUCUCUCCUCUUCCCCAGCAGAGUCAGGCUUUCCAUUACAGACGGGAGCAUGGUUCCUCCAGGGUACGUCUCCACUGCGGCAGGGAGCGAGCCGCCCAGCCCGGGGAGAUGGCCUUGGGGUAGCAGGGCUUGCGCUAGCAUGCUACAUAAUAGCUGUGUGGCCAUUAUGGCACCAGCAGAGGCUCAGGCGAGCCACGCGGUCUGAGACCCACCCUUCCUAGCCUGAGCCUCCACCCGGGGCCACAACAUCCACUGGGCUGUGUUUGAGCGUGCCAGCCCAAGGCGCCCCAGACUCCUUGCUGCAGCGGAGACAUGCCCGAAGAGUUCACGGAUCCCUCCUGGGGCCUCCCUUCCUGACGUCAGCACGCUCCAUUUGCGACAACAGAGACGCAUGGGAGUUCGAGGUGGAAAAGCCUCAUUCGGUCAUUUCCCUUCCAAUGCAGGAUUCCCAACUUUUGUCUAGGGUGACCAGAUGUCCCCAUUUUAUAGGGACAGUCCCAAUUUUGGGGUCUUUUUCUUAUAUAGGCUCCUAUUAUGCCCCGCCCCCUGUUCCGAUUUUUCACAUUUGCUGUCUGGUCACCCUACUUUUGUCCAGUCCAGUUUUUAAAUGUCCCAAAGGAAAACAGCUGCCCCGUUUUCCCUGGGGAGACCGUUCCACAGCCUAAUAGCUAUUGAGAAAGUUCCCCUUAUAUUCAUCCUAAAUGCUCCCUUUCUUAAAUUCCUUCCAUUGCCCUGAAUAUCACACCAAGAAUGAGGCCCAGUGUUUUACUGCACAGGGUCUGCUGAAAUCGUGGUCUGGAUCAUGCAAUAUGGAAGUGCAUCGCUGCUUGCAGGGAGUGCCAAGAGGAGCAGCAUUAACUAAACAAUGAUGGAGGGUUUAAUAAGUCUAUGACUAUCUGAAUGCUGUGGACACCAAAGAGGGAGAGGAAUGAUUUAGGCUCUGAUCCUGCAAACACUUUUACACAUGCAUAACUUUUAGCACAUAGAUAUACCCAUCGACUUCAACAGGACUGUGUAUAUGCUUCAAGUUCAGCACGUUUAAGGGCCUUAAUCAUUUCCUCUCCCUCUUUGGUGUGCACGGCAUUCAGAUAGUCCUAGACUUCUUGUGCCCUCCAUCAUUGUUUAGCUCAUGCUGCUCUUCUCGGAGGGCCCCCCACUCAGCAAUCCAUUCCCAUAUUGCAGAAUCCAGACCAGGACGUAGGCACGCCCUGUGGGGUAAAACUGAGCAGUACAAAUUGGGGUCCAGAGCUGACCCAAACAAAAAUGGCAAAACUUUAACUCUUUUGUUUUGCUUUUUUCCCAAAACUGACUAAUUUUCUCAGUUUUAGAAAUUUCCUCCAACCUUUUUUUUAAUUGACUCCCCCCCAUUCCCCCAAAAAAUUUUUAGAACGUGAAAAUAAAAAAUGUUUGGUUUAGGAAAAACUCCACCUGUGAUUAACUCAAGCAAUCAAAAUUGGUGCCGAACACGUAAAGGGUAAACAAAAACGAAUACAUGGAAAAAAAUCAUUGAAAAAAAAGGAACAAUGUUGAAAAAUCAAGCUGUUUACCAAUAUUUGGGGGGGGAGGAGGAUUCCCUAAAAGGUAAUUUUUUUUGGUCCAGCAUAUUCUUUGUUCCACAUUUUUUGGCCAGCUCUACUGUGUUUCUCAGUCUGCGAGCUAGAGAACAACACUGACCUCAGUGAACAAUCCCAUCUUCGAAUAAGUUAUCCAGCAAAUGCAAUCCUUUAUUCGGUGUCUCGUUUUCAAACUGAUCCUGUUUUCUGACACUCAGUCAGUAGCUUGCAAGUGUGCCCCAAUUUAUAUGAACAAAUGUAAGUCAUGGUGAGUUUGGGAACUGUACAUUCAGUGAUGUGUGAUUGGUCACCUAAAUCACAUGGCAUUGUUUCUAUCCCCGACUGGAUGAUUAGCUUCUCAAACAGGAGAACAACAAAUGAAAUAGCCUAUGUUGAUUGCAGGCAACUAUGCAAAUAAGGACUAGAAAUUCCUCAAACAUCCAUGCCAACAAAAACCCAUGCAAAACUUCAAGAAUAACCAGUAAUAAGGAGCAUGACCAUGGCCCAGCCCAAAACUCUUUGGAAGCUGACUGGACAUUCAUUAACUCUGUUUUGGCAAUUGUCGUCAGCUCUCCAGAAAAGUGUGACUUCAGAGGGGGAUCUGGUAAUGUGAGCAGAUGAAUUUUUGAGAGAACAAAAGAUCCUGUUUUCUUGCAAAUACUCCUAGGAAUAAAAAUAAAAUAGAACUUUUAAAACUGAUGCCUGCAGUAGUCAAAUGCUCACGGUUUUCUAUGUGACAUCUUGGCUCUGUAAAGCCGUAUUGGCCAGUGCAACCUGCAAAUGAGAGAACAGUAGGAAAGCAUUUGAGAGUGAGAGGGGAAAUGGGUUGGGACGGGAUCCAGAGAAGGAGCUUUCGUAAACAGGCCAGCAAAACAAAAAAUGUACCACUCCUGCUGAAUAGCAUCAGAACAGAGCAACCUUUCAGCUUCAACUAGACUCCCCAGACACUGAGGAGAGAUGAACUGGAACGGUUCAAAACAAACACCCACUUGUAUCAGUUGCUUUUCUUGAUCUGUUUAAAAGGACAGCAGUACCUUAAGGUGCCUUGACUCAUAACAAGUAUCAGGGGGUAGCCGUGUUAGUCUGUAUCUACAAAAACAACAAGGAGUCUGGUGGCACCUUAAAGACUAACAGAUUUAUUUGGGCAUAAG